CACAACAUGGCUUCUUACGAUGUUAAGCCUCACGUUGUCUGCAUCCCUUUUCCCGCACAAAGUCAUAUAAACGCAAUGUUAAGCAUAGCAAAACUUCUCCACGAAAGAGGCUUCUACGUAACGUUCGUCAACACCGAAUACAAUCACAAGCGCAUAAUCAAGUCUCGAGGCCCUGACUCUCUCCACGGCUUAUCAGACUUUCGCUUUGAAACCAUUCCCGAUGGCAUGCCAGAGGCCUCAGACAUUGAUGCUCCACAAGACCUACGUGCGCUAUGCGUCUCCAGCUUUGAAAAUUUUUUAGCCCCUUUUUGUAGCCUUAUUUCUCGACUCAAUGAUGCUUCGUCUGGAGACAGUAGCAUUCCCCCGAUCAAUCGUAUCGUUGGCGAUGGUCUAUGCUCAUUCUCCAUCCAAGCUGCUACGGAAUUUAAUGUUCCAAUUGCACAGUUUUGGCCUAUCAGCGCUUGUAGUUUGUUGGGUUUUAUUCAUUUACAAGAACUUGUGAAUCGAGGGAUCACUCCAUUGAAAGAUGAGAGCUAUUUAACAAAUGGCUAUCUUGAGACAACAAUAAUAGAUUGGAUUUCCGGGAUGGAAAACAUACGACUCAAAGAUCUUCCAAGUUUCGCCCGAGCAACCGAUCCAAACGACAUAUUUCUCAACUUUCUCAUCCAAGAAACCCAAAGAACUGUAAAAGCCUCAGCAAUUAUACUCAACACUUUUGAUGCAUUAGAUCAACAAGUUUUGGAUGCUCUCUCUCAGUUCCUCCCUCCCAUUUACACCAUUGGCCCACUCCACUUACUCACAAAGCAAAUCAAGCAUCAAAAUUUGGCUGCAAUAGCCACAAAUCUGUGGCCAGAGAAUCCAGACUGCAUCAAAUGGCUCGAUUCGCACGAACCCGACUCUGUGAUCUACGUAAAUUUCGGAAGCAUAACCGUAAUGAAACUCCACCAUUUGGUCGAGUUCGCUUGGGGACUCGCAAAUAGUAAGAAGUCAUUCUUGUGGAUCAUAAGGCCCGAUCUCGUGCGAGGUGAUUCGGCGAUCUUGCCGUGUGAGUUUAUGGAAGAGACCAAAGGAAGAGGGAUGAUUGCGAGUUGGUGUGCGCAAGAGGAGGUUUUGAAACACGAGUCAGUGGCGGGAUUUUUGACGCACUGCGGGUGGAAUUCGGUUGUCGAGAGCAUAAGCUAUGGAGUGCCGAUGAUAUCAUGGCCUUUUUUUGCUGAUCAGCCGACGACCUGCAGAUAUUGCUGCGUGGAGUGGGGCAUUGGUAUGGAGAUAAAUGGUGAUGUGAAGAGGGAUGAAGUUGAGAGUUGCAUUAGAGAGGUGACGGAAGGGGAAAAAGGGGAAGAUAUGAAGAGGAGAAUUGUGGGAUUGAAGAGUAAAGCUGAAGAAUCGUGUAAGAGUGGAGGAUCUUCUCAUUGCAACUUUGAUAAACUAAUAGUGGAAAUUCUACUAAAUUGUUGAGUGGAGACUUUUAAAGUAGGUGGAUAAGGAAUAUUAUGUGGAAGGUUGAUGUCAAUGGACGUGUCGUUUGUAAUAUCGAUAAAAUUCAGAUGUUGAUAGAUAUUUAUAAAAUGGGUUAUAAAAA